AAUACUCGCUCGUCGUAUGUCCUGGCAAAGGCUUUUUCAGGUCUCUAACUACGCCUGUAUGUGGUUGGAACAGAUAUUACCGGAAAGGAAUCAAUAGAAGCGGGUGCUUCUUCGCCUGGUCGGCUUAUCUUGUUGCUCUAAAAAGCGAAAGGUCGUACUGGUCUUGUACCUUUUGUCGCAAAAUAUUCGAUACGGCUCCAGAACCUGCCUAAGUGAAUCCACGGACGAACGCGUAGCACAUAAGAAAACAAGAACAAACAGUGCUCUCUAUCACAAACCCCAUCACCGAAGCGGACGAUCGACGAGCGGGACAAGAUCGAGAGUAGAACUUCAUCUACAGUGUUUCGUUCGUUUGCGCUUCGCUUCAUCCACAGAGCUCCUUCUUCCAGCUCCAGCUCAACGCACACCCAUACGGAGGGGCACACAAAUUGGGGAUAAGAAUGCGAAACCGUGUGGAGAUCGAACAUUGGCAACAGACACACACCAAACGCGCUUUGCCGCAAGAGAAACACGCACAGGAAUGAUGAUGGCCAUAUAAAAAGGCUGUCACACGCGUCGCUCGACGGUUAUUGUUUUCGUGGUCGCGGGAACGCAAGCUUCAAGAUUUCGCAUCGUUCGAUACGCGUCGAUCGAUCGUACGGGUUCUACGAGCGGAACGCGGGUUUUUUUAUUUUUGUUUCAUUUGCGACGUUGUGUAAUAUUGACAGUGCAGUGUGCCUAAUUUAGUGUACCUGCGUAGUAGUUGGUGCUGAUACGUGAUCUAGAAAGUAGUCACACAGCUUACCCUGAUAAGCCUAUCGGUGUGAAAAGAAAAGUUAAUUAACGUAAAAGCCUUCCCUUCUGGUGCAUAUUGAAGGGGUUUUCCGAGUGUACGUGUGUGUGUGUCUGUAGAGUGUGUUUUGUGUGACAGCAACCAUGGAGAAAUUGAUACAAAUUCUAACCAUCCUCUCGCUGGUGACGCCGUUGCUGCUUGCUCGACGCAUCCAGGUCGUCAACAUCAGCCCGGAAGAGGCACAAAAGUACAUCACUCAGCAAAGUUUGGACUUACGGUACGCGACAAAGCUGGGCGAACAUCCGCUAGGUUACACGCGCAACGUGCAGGAUCCGGCCCUUGCCACCUUCUACUACAACGGUCGGCGUAUCGACAAUCCGGAGGACUACGUGGAGGAAGAGUACGAGGCAAAACAGUUCCAUGGGCAGGAUGGGCUCGGUAGAGCUAUGUUUGGCUACAGUGACCACAAUCAGGCUCGUUUGGAAGCGCGCAACGCAAACGGUGAAGUUCGUGGCUCGUACCAGUACGUGAAUCCACUCGGUGAGGACAUCAUCGUGCAGUACUGGUCCGAUGGUCUCGGUUUUCAUCAGAUCGACAACCGUCCCGAGGUGCGUCUGCAACCGGUAACCGAAACACCAGAAGUGCGUGAAGCACGCCUCGCUCACAUGAAGGCAUGGGAAGAAGCUGCCAGCUUGGCCCGUGCCAACCCAGACGUUACGUCCGGUGGUGCCGAUGAACCUUACCGCGCCGUACAAGCGAACACGGUGGAGGACGAUCCGGAACAGGAUGAAAUUUUGGCUGCCGUUUCGAACCAGCACCAGAGUCUGAUUCGUUAUCCGAGCCUGCCCUACACGGACCACAUUUUGCCUAGUGUGGCAUCGGAUGCGCUUCAAGAUGAAGGUGUCGUUAUCGAAGCGUUCCCGCGUAGUGUGAAGAAACGCAACAACGAACAACAGGACGAACAAACAGCUGGCAGCGGGGAUGAACCGGUAUCGGCCGAUCCGAAAGGGUUCUUCUAUAGCUUCGAUUACCCGGUUCAGCUGGUGGCGGAAAGUGCGGCCAAGAAGGCUCGGGCUGGAUUCGGCGAAAUUCCCCAAGAAUCGAUGGUGGUAGAAACGAAAGCUACGAACGUCCCGAAAGCGGUCGAUGAUCGGGUAUCGCUGAAGGCUGUACUGAGAGGCGAAACGUUGGUUGAUGCUGUUCAUGAUGCUCAGGUUUCACCGAAACAAAAGUUGCAAGCAGAACGUAACUAACUCGUGCAGACAAUCGGAAACAGUCACAUAAUCAACAUACACCAGCAAAAUAAAACCACAAAAAAAAACAUUGGGAGCAAAACGCAAACCGAAACGAGAUCUCUGAACGAAAUCCGGACAAUAAUGCUGUGUUUGUGUGCCAGUAUCGGUAUGUCAAUCAAUCGAAUUGUCAAACAUAACCUAAACGAACAAAUACAAAAAUGAAUGAUCGGGUGAAAAAUAAACUCUUUUUUCUUGUGGUGAUUGCUCCAUCCCAUGAUGCCGAAAUGAGUUUUCUUCUCUUUUUUGUUUGCUAAAAUUAUCUCCCCUUGCCUUUGCAGCAGAACAUUUUUAACAGGUUGGCAUUUAGAUCGGUUCAUAAUAAGCGUAUACAAGAUGAGCCUAAGAAAGAUGGAAGCAGCAAAAAAAAAGCAUCAACAAACGAACAAACUUCUUCUGUUUGACAUUGCUUAGCAUUUACGAUUAUAAACUCUACCCUUUUAAUAACAUAUUAUUAACAGCGGAACAUCUUCUCCGGGACCAUCCUAGCACGCUCGCUUAAUGGCGUGUUUCCAAAGUGAACCCCAAGCGAUGCAACACUCAUUAGUAGAAAAUUGGAAAUUGAAUCUCAUUUAUCUCACCACCACCAGCAACGCUUCGAAGCAGUUCUUCGCCCGAUGGUAUCCGAAACGGUAGCAUUAUUAAUGGAUUGACUCAAUCUAAAUAUCAUUCCAAGCGGUAAGAAGGAAACCCGAGUACGUGCCGGUAAGAGAAACUGGAUGAAUCUAAAUCAAGAAUCCGAAACAGGUUUAUUAUUUGAUCAUGAUCACAAUCAUCAAGGUGGAAAAGAGAAUCUUGUCCGGGCAGUGUGGUCAGGUCUUCACGCUGAUCGACCCGUUGUGUUAGCGGCGAUUAAUAAAACAUACUUGACUUAUGACGAUCGGCAUAACUGCAGCGACCUGCAGCCCGGGUGAUCAUGUUUCGGUGUAUGCAAAAGAUGACGCUAAGCCGUCGUAAAAGUUUAUUGCAGUGCACGUGAUACUGCGUUUCUGACACUUGUACUUGUACUAGUAGUAUAUUAUUUAUUGUUGGAUUUAAUUGAAGCUGAAAAUGAUACGGCUACUUAAUGGAUGCUGGAUCAUGUUCUAUUAUA